AUGCCUAGAUUCACCGAAGAAUUGAUGGACACUUGGACCCCAUCCAUCUGGGCAAUCAUCCUCGACCGAUUGCAGAAUGGAAAUGUCAAAGGUGGUCUACUUGCCUGGCCCAUUGAUCUCGAGAAGAAAACACCAGCUCAACGGACUCAAUGGGCCAGCAAUUUACCUCUGGUUCAGCUUCCUCAGACCCUGCUUGAGAUUAUCUACGGUAGACUGGUUGGCUUCUCUGAGGAGGUUCGAUAUAUGGAGGAAGCCAAGAUUCACGCCAUACAUGGGCUGUUAAAGCCCCAUGGGGUUCUGAAGCACAGCGUUGAAAAGUGGCUCAAACGUCCCGAAACGAUGGGAAAGAUGAAGUCAAUGAUCCGAUCGUACAAAGAUUGCGACGAAGCACUGGAGCACUUAGAAGAUUGCAUUUCUUUCCCACGAGAAAGUACCGGUCAUCCAUACAAUGUAAACCCCGCCUAUGAUGCUGCAGUGCACUGCUCCGAAUGCUUGAAAUUCUUGGUCGAUUGGAAGAUCGUUUCACUGACCGGCUAUGACCUGUCGGGCAGAAACUGGAUCGAGGCAGGAUUGAAUGGCCCAAACAUGGAUUUACUGACAUACAUGGUGAACAAUCUGAGCUGUGCGGAUUUGACCCGACCCAGGGAUAUCAGAGAUUCCCACGAGGACCACAUUCUCCUUUCACUUGGUGGAGUGGGUGCAUUCGCUCAAUUUCUGACUGUUCUGAAGAGACUGAGGGAGGCAAAUCUCGCGUCAUUUGCACGACUUCGUACCAUCUUCAACGAUGCAGUGAUGCAUGAAUUCUGCGCCAUUGCACCUGUCGAGGUAGCCGAGGCUCUUUAUCAGAGCGGAAUUAAUAUCGGCAAUGUUGAGAGCCAACACCACGAAGCUGGCGGCCGACUGGAAUCAUCCUGGCACAUCGCUGCAGCCUUCAACCCGGCCGGUGCCUCGUUUAUGGAGUUCCUUGAAAAGUUCUCAGUCCUCAACCCGAGAAUCCGAAACUCCGAGAACAUGACCCCAUUGAUGUACGCUGCCUGCUUCGAUGAGCCAGCUUCAAUCAAGUGGCUUUGCUCGAGAAGCGAUCCUAGCCUACCUAGAUUAGAAGGUGGCCCUCGGGGAUAUGCCUUGAUCUGCGCCGGCCGCAGCUCAUACAUACACAGUGGAGAGAUAUUCGCCACUAUUCUAUCUUACCUACCGGACGAACUAUUCACACCCGAAUAUGGCAGGAUCUUUGGCACGGAAAUCGCCGAAGGCCUCGCCUCACACAAGCGCAGGCUAGCAGAAGAACGGAUCGACGAGCCAAGCCAGGGUGUAAUGGAAGUUCUCGCAGUACGCAAGAUGCAAGCGCUAGUCCGCCGACUUCCCGCCGACUGGCCAGAAAGCGAAUGGUGUCUAGCACUCGACGCAUUUUUGCGCAGCAACGAUAUGAGCAUUCUCCUCCACAGCAUCGGCACAGAGUCUCGGAAAGCCGGCGGCACGGCAGGUGGGUCAGCUCAUGACAUGUAUCCACCAAGCCCUACUCUUGGUCAGAAACUCGCGGAACAGAACGAGAAUGAAGAGCCAAUUGAUAUGUUCAACUUCGAUCCUUUGCUGGGGACAACCCAAAACAACGACAUGACGGCGGAGAUGAGGGCGGCGGAUAUUAGGAGAAACAGGCCUCAUCAUCUUACUGUUCGCAGUGGAGGCAGACAGACUGGUUUGGGACCUGUCAGGGAUCCGAACAAUAUGAUCACCAAGGCCGCGCGGAAGAGGGCAUCGGUUCGUUGGAUCUGA